AGGUGCGUGUCGCUGCCUUUUGUGCGGCUUUGGUGCUUCGACUCGAGCUGCAGUUUCCAGCCGAAAGAAAAGCAAAGAAAAUCGGCUGAAGUUCACGAAGAGAAAUCGACUCAGCCUCCGGUUGUGAGUGAGCGCGGAAGCCGCGGAUAGAUGAGCGUUUGGAGGCACUUUUGUUGGAAACGCGCUCGGAUCGGAGCUGCUGCUGCUGCGGGUCGGCUCUUUGUGCUGCGGGCUGCAGCUUCUCGCCUCCGGUCAGAAAGGCCUCCAAGAUAGAUUCCCUCAGGAGUAAAGUGGACUUGCUGCGCCUCCCUCUGGCCCUCUCCUCCAAGUCCAUCAGCGACCGCAAGAGCCAGCUGGGCGUGGUCUGGGAGAAAGGCGGCGGCUCGGGGGCAGGAGGGGCCAGGAAACCCCGCCCACCGCCAGCCUCCGACAUGGACAACGAGUCGACGUACUCGGGCUACUCGUACAAGUCGUCCCACUCCCGAAGCUCCCGCAAACACAGGGAGAGGAGGGACAGGCAUCGCUCAAAGAGUCGGGACAUCAGCCUCCGUGGAGACAAAUCGGUGACCAUUCAGGCUCCUGCUGAGUCGCUGCUGGACGCCGAGUCCACCAGAGGGGACGACAGGGAUGACAACUGGGGCGAGACCACCACGGUGGUCACCGGCACCUCUGUGGACAGCGUCUCCAACGAGGACCUGACGCGGAUCUCCAAGGACCUGGAGGAGUCCUCGCCGCUGGAGUGCCGCCGUUACCUCGGCCCGGCGUUGGGCGCCGUCCUGGGCUUCUUUGCGCUGGUGACCCCUCUGGCCUUCUUGGCCCUCCCGCAGCUCCUGUGGCGGGACACGCUGGAGCCUUGUGGCACACCGUGUGAGGGCCUUUACAUUUCUCUGGCCUUCAAGCUCCUGAUCCUGCUCAUCUCCACCUGGGCGCUGUUUCUCCGCCCGCCCAGAGCCACUCUGCCGCGCUUCUUCAUUUUCCGCUGUCUGCUGCUGGCGUUGGUCUUCCUCUUUGUGGCGUCUUACUGGCUCUUCUACGGGGUGCGGGUGCUGGAGCCCAGGGAGACGGACUACAGGGGGAUUGUGGGGUAUGCGGCAUCCCUGGUGGACGCGCUGCUCUUCAUUCAGUACCUGGCCCUGGUGCUGCUGGAGGUCAGACACCUGCAGCCUGCUUUCUGCCUGAAGGUUGUGAGGACCACAGAUGGAGCCAGUCACUUCUACAACGUGGGCUGUCUCAGUAUACAGCGGGCGGCGAUGUGGGUUCUGGACCAGUACUACACCGACUUCCCAGUCUAUAACCCUGCCCUGCUCAACCUGCCUAAGUCCAUCCUCUCCAAGAAGAUGACUGCCUUCAAGGUCUACAACCUGGGGGAAGAGAACAGCACCAAUAACUCUACGGGGCAGUCCAGAACCAUGGUCUCAGCUGCUGCCCGGAGAAGAGACAACUCCCACAACGAGUACUACUAUGAGGAGGCAGAGGUGGAGCGGAGGGUCCGCAAACGUAAAGCCAGACUGGUGGUGGCAGUAGAAGAAGCCUUUACCCACAUCAAGCGUCACCAGGACGAAGAGGGGACCGCGUCCUCCCCCAAGCACCCGCGGGAGGUGAUGGACCCCAGGGAGGCGGCCCAGGCCAUCUUCGCCCCCAUGGCGCGGGCCAUGCAGAAGUACCUCCGCGCCACCAGGCAGCAGUCCUACCACAGCAUGGAGAGCAUCAUCAACCACCUGCAGUUCUGCAUCACGCACAACAUGACCCCCAAGGCUUUCCUUGAGCGUUACCUUAGCCCGGGUCCCACCCUUCAGUACCUGGACACCCGCAGCAGGGGUCGCCAGUGGACGCUGGUGAGCGAGGAGCCAGUGACAGCAGCUCUACGUCACGGUCAGGUCUUCUCCCUGAGACGCCUCGACUUCUCUCUGGUGGUUACAGUAACACCCCUUCCCUUCUUGCGCCUGGGCGAGGAGUUCAUUGACCCCAAAAGCCACAAGUUUGUCAUGAAGCUGCAGUCAGAGACGUCUGUGUAGGAGGAAGGAGAUGAAUAAUGGAAGAAAGAAAGAAGCAGGAUGAUGACUCAAAGAUACUAAUCGUCGUGCUUUCAGGGUAUCUUUUCAUACCUUUCAAUAUUUUUACUGAUUUUUAUUUGUUGGUAAGCAUGACACCCAAAUAUGCAGACGUGGCUAAAAUGUCAUGACCUUCCACAACAAAGACAAGGCAGCAGAAAAACCCCGUCUCUGACCUAGUUCCUCUUUUGAGUUCUGGUGAACAAACAUAAAAAUAGAGACUUUUCCUCUAAGUGUUGACCGCUUUCCCACGAAUCUAAGGAAUCAGGGUUCCACCUAGCAGUUUAGCACCACAAAUAUAAUGAAACACAUUAUUUUAACAGUCUAUAAAUAGGAUUUUAGCCACAUUUGUAAUUCGUGCAGGAUAUGGACUGUUGGUGAUAAGUCCCCUGAGUUUGCGGGAACACCAGACAUCUGUGCUUUUUGAUGCAUCAGACAUGAGAGGCUUUACUUUAGCUCACUCUUUGUCAGAGCUAAUCAUUCUGCUCUUUUACUUGAACUUGUUGCUUGCUGUUGAAUUUGGCCUUUAGAGGCAUAACCAGACAUUGAAAGAAUCCCUGGCCUUUCGGACAAUGACUGGAUUCACUGACUGACUCAAAGGGAGAAGUAACUGCAUUUGAACUGCUUCCUCUAUUUCUGAUUCCACUAAAUAAUUAACUAAAACACACAUACUUGCCACUGCAAGCAUGAGGUAAGAAACACAGGAUAGACUUGAAGCAUUGAGUAUUUCAUAAACACAGUUUUGCAUUAUUUCCUGCUCAGGUUUUUGUUUUGUUUUGUAUUUUUUUUGCUUUUUCAUUUCUGGAGUUCCACCUUCAGUAAUGUGUUUUUAUGUCUUAUACUCCUGCACUGAGAUUAAGUGUAACUUUCCAAGCACAAUGUAGAACCAGUUGAUGCCCACUAACACUGGUAGCGGACAGUUUUACCUCAACGUACGAGGUUUGAAUUGGAUUUGAAGAGCUCCAGCACAACACAGUCAAGUGCUACUGAUGUGCUUCUUCUUGGCAGCUUUGUGUUAACUACUUUCUUUGAUGUUUUGUAAAGUGAGUGUGAAUUUGUGUGUGUUUGAGCACGACUGGAUCACUAACUGGAACUGCCCAGGAGGUCCAGAAGCCCCGAGCUCACCUCAUGGACACACUUUGAUUAAAAGAUUCUGUUUGUUAGUUUGUUUGUUUUUUAAGGAGUUUUCGCUGCUGAGGUACAAUGUACGUUAAGAUGGGUCCUUCAUACCUUGUGGCCCUGCCUUGUAGGGGUGUCCAAAUCUAAUUUUAAGGCCUUAAAAGAGAACUAACACUGAUUUAGCUUUGCACUUCUAUAGUAUUGUUGGACUAGCAAUCAAUGCAGCAGAAGCAGAGAUGUCAUCUGUUUAAGUCCACACAAUCUUCUGCAAUUCAACUGCCGACAGUUCAGUCAGAGGUUAGGGUAUGUUAUGCUACUAGUGGUUAAUGCCUCGAGCUGUUAGCUGUUCUAGCUGUUUUCGGGCUACAGAGGUGUGGUGAGCUCACUAGCUACCCCCGGGUUUUUUCAACUGAGGCGAUUUAUCAGACUUCGCACAACUCCCUCUGGAGCCACAAAUAGCUCAAUACAGCUUUUUUUUUUCCGCAUUUGAAAUAAGACUUGUACACUGACUUUCAUGUGUAAAUUCAAGGCAGUUACCCUUUAAUUAGUUUAUAAUUAUUGCUCCUAAAUGUAGUUGUGUUUUAUCGGAAGUACCUGACACAUCCUAAGACCUACAGAUAUUUGGUUUGUUUUCCAGUAGCACAUAUGUAUAUUUGUGAAGACUGAGAGCCAAUUACAAAAAUAGUUGAUGAUUAACUUUCUUACAAAUCUGCCGUAUACGUGAGGGGUCAACAGGGGCCCCCCUCAGCAGGCUAAUACUGCUAUGAGUUGAUGCGUGUAAACAUUUGUGUGUCUUUGUCACUCAAAAAUGUCCUUUUCACACUACAGAUGGAUUGUCGUGCCACUGACGUUUACAUUUUGAUGUAAAGGUUGUGUUUGUCCUUUUUUUUUUUCAAAGAAUCAUUCAGUCGUACUCAAUCAAAGCUCCUAACACUUGC